GCAUCAUCGAUGCGCACAUUUGGCAUCAGUAGGAAUUCACUGUUUAACAAAUCACCAGCCUAAGACAAAAUAACUAAAAUGUUCAAAGCUAAUCUCAUCCUCGCCGCCAUCUGCGUGUUUGCCGCCACCAGCGUCAAUGCUGGUCUCAUCGAAACUCACCACGUAGUCCACGAGCCUGUGUUGGCCAAGGUUGGUUCCGUGGUGCACAGCGCACCUUCAGCCGUCUCCCAUCAGAGCAUCACCCAGGUGCACAGCAAAUCCGUUGUCGAGCCAGUGCUUGCUCAUGCCGUCAAGACCACCAUACACUCUGCUCCCGUUGUUCCAGUCGUACACUCAGCUCCUGUGGUGCAUUCAGUACACUCAGCUCCUGUGGUGCACUCCGUACACUCGGCUCCAGUGUUGCACUCCGUACACUCAGCUCCUGUGGUGCACUCCGUACACUCGGCUCCUUUAGUGCACUCCGUACACUCAGUUCCUGUAGCGCACUCCGUACACUCUGCACCUGUGCUUCAUGCUGCUCCUUUGAACAUAGUCGGUUAUGGCCUGUUUCUAUUUGUUCCUAAGUACGUUACUUUUUUAUAUCGCUAUGCUGGCGCUGAGCACAACUGUUUUGCAACCGCUUUCCAACCAAAAAAAAAAAAACUCAAAAUGUUCAAAUACUUUGCAUUCUUCACCCUCGUCGCUGUCGCCGCCGCUAAACCUGGUCUGCUCGCCGAAACACACACCGUUGUUCAACCUGCAGUAGUUGCCAAAACCGCUUAUAUCGACAAUAGCGCCUCGUCAGCCAUUACUCACCAAAGUCACGUGAACUUGGUUAGGAAGGUGCCAGUUGUACCAGUUGUCCAUGCCGCUCCCGUCGUCCACGCCGCUCCCGUCGUCCACGCCGCUCCUGUCGUCCACGCCGCUCCCGUCCUCCACGCCGCUCCCGUUGUCCAUGCCGCUCCGGUCGUGCAUGCUGCUCCGGUUGUAAAAACCAUUGCCACGCCCGUGGUGCAUGCCGCUCCUGUCGUCCACGCCGCUCCCGUCCUCCACGCCGCUCCGGUCGUGCAUGCCGUUCAUGCCGCUCCAGUGGUGCAUUCCACCCAUGUUUUGCCCGUCGUGCACUCAGCUCCUUUAGUCAAGACAGUUGUCUCUGCUCCUGUUGCCUACAGCUUCCACCACUAA